UUUCACAGGUGCUAGAACAACAUAAUCUUUUUUACACAAGCACAUAUUUUAAAGGAGCCUACCAACAACAGGAUCUAGUGCCAUUAACAUUGGACUUCUGGCUGUACAAAAUCAUGGCCUUUGGUGAUCUCCUAGAUCAGGUGGGCAGCACAGGACGCUUCCAGGUCCUACAUGUGACCCUCCUUAGCAUACCUGUCCUGAUGAUGGCCAGUCACAACCUGCUGCAGAACUUUGUGGCUGCGGUGCCUCCUCACUACUGCAGGGCGCACACAAACCUCUCUGAGUUCCAGCUGAGCCCAGAGGAGACACUGCUGAUCACAGUACCAUUGGACCACUCAGGGAAGCUGGAGAGAUGCCGGCGUUACAUUGCUCCACAGUGGCAUCUUCUGGCCAAGAAUGAAACCUCCACUUCAGGGGAACAGAGAGACACUGAGGACGGUCUGGGUGUUGAUCUGCAGGGAUGCACAGAAGGAUGGGUCUAUAACAUGACUGAGAUGAAGUCCACAAUCAUAUCUGAUUGGAAUUUGGUGUGUGAUAUGCGCUCUUUGAAACAAAUGGGACAAACUAUCUACAUGGGAGGUGUGCUUGUGGGAGCUCCUAUUUUUGGAAGUCUUUCUGACAGAUAUGGACGACGCAUCCUCCUGCUCAUUUCUUACCUGCUGAUGGCGGUGGCAGGAACCUGUGCCACUUUCUCCACCUCCUUCCCCCUCUUCUGCCUGUUCCGGUUUGGCUGUGGCAUGGCUCUGUCUGGACAGGCACUUAACACCUUCUCACUCAUUCUGGAGUGGGUCCCCACUCGUGUGCGAACUGUGGUGGGGACCAUGACAGGUUACUGUUAUACAGUCGGGCAGUUGCUCCUGGCAUUCAUAGCCUACUUCAUCCGGGACUGGAGGUGGUUAACUCUAGUGGUGUCUUUGCCCUACUAUGUAUUCUUCCUCUACUCCUGGUGGUUCCAUGAAUCCUCAAGAUGGUUAGCCCUGAGUAACAAGCCUGACCAAGCCAUCAAGAACCUCAAAAGCGUGGCCAAAUAUAACAGACGCCAUGAAGAGGGAGAAAAAAUUGACAUUAAAAUGCUUCAGGAGUCCAUGAAGAAAGAGAUGUCUUGUUCCCAGGGCUCCUACUCUGUCCUAGAUCUCUUCCGCACACCCAAAAUGAGGACGAUGACAGCCUGCCUCAGUGCUGUCUGGUUUUCAACCAGUUUUGCCUACUAUGGUCUUGCUAUGGAUCUGCAAAAGUUUGGGGUGGACAUCUACUUAAUACAAGUGAUCUUUGCAGCUGUUGACAUCCCUGCUAAAAUUGUCGGAAAUGUGACUCUGAGCUAUAUGGGACGGCGUCCAUCACAGUGUGGCAGCCUUAUUGUUGCCGGAGUCACUGUUUUGAUCAACUUGCUGGUACCUAGAGAUCAACAGAUUUUACGAACCUGUCUGGCUGUCACUGGUAAAGGUUGCCUAGCUGCGUCCUUCAACUGCUGUUACCUUUUCUCCGGAGAACUGUAUCCAACCAUCAUUCGGUAGGUCUUAAUUGUCAACAAACAUGUAAUUCUCAAUUAUUUUGUUGUGAAAAUGUAGCUUGCAUUGUUUAACA